UUCUUCGAUUCGGUUGUCUCUCUCUCCUCUGGGAAGAAAGCCUCUGCGAGAAAACACGCAGAAACUUCUAGAGAGAGAGAGAGAGAGAGAGAGAGAGAGAGAGAGAGGGAGAGGGAUGGGGGAAGAGAAGGAGGACCCGCAGAAGCUGAGGAGGAUCGCGGCGGCGGCGUACGACUACGAGAACGACCCGCGAUGGGCGGAUUACUGGUCCAACAUCCUCAUCCCCCCGCAGAUGUCCUCCCGCCCCGACGUCGUCGACCACUACAAGCGCAAGUUCUACCAGCGCUUCAUCGAUUCUGAUCUCAUUGUUGAGCCAAUGUCUUCUGGUAGUUCAUCUCAGUCAGCAAGGCAAUCUACUCCAUCCUCAGCUUCAUCAACGACCAAUGAGCAGCCUCGAUCCCGUAGCACUGGAUCUUCUACCCGAAGCUCUAGUGCAUCAGCAACUUCAGCUUCAAAUCCAGCUUCUUUGCGCUGGGAUCGGCAAACUGUACAAUUCUCUGUCAAUGCUUGGGUAUUCGUGGUGGCUGUACUGGCUAUAUUCCCAUUUGUGCCUCGAAAUCUUUCAAAUAGGGCAUAUCGUCUUUCAUUUGUGGGCACCGCAUGUUCGUCUGUGUAUUCUCUGUACUCAUUAUAUGGGAAACCUAGGGCAUGGAAUAUGCAAGCUUUGCAAGUUUACUUUCAAACGAUAAUAGUGACCAAGGAUUUCAUCUACUUCAUCUACUGCCUGACAUUUGUCACUUCGCAUCUUUACCUUAAAUUCGCUUUAAUUCCCAUUAUGUGCCGAGCUCUUGAGCAUGUGGCCAAGUUUUUAAGGCGUAAUUUCAGCCGUUCUUCCUUGUACAGAAAAUACUUGGAAGAGCCUUGUGUAUGGGUGGAGUCGAACACAACUACGCUUAGCAUAUUGUCCUCCCAAUCUGAGAUUGGAGUUGGCUUUUUGCUACUUAUCUCGUUAUUAUCGUGGCAGCGCAACAUCAUACAGACGUUCAUGUAUUGGCAGCUUUUAAAGCUUAUGUAUCACGCCCCUGCAACUGCGGGCUAUCAUCAAAGUGCGUGGGCUAAGAUUGGAAGGAGUGUUAAUCCGCUUAUUCAGCGCUAUGCUCCAUUCCUGAACACUCCAUUAUCUGCUGCUCAGAGAUGGUGGUUCAGGUAGUGCUCGAAAGGUAGGAGACUUGGGGAGCCAUCUUCUUGCUAGGACUUCUGGUGUCUCGUCGGAGGACACACUGUUAAGUGUCGGAGAAAGCCAUCUUAGACUUUAGAUGGAUGGUAGCUAAUCCUUUAAAACCAUGUCUCUGUUUUUGAUUCUCGAUCGGCUCUGGUGGGCCAUGACGCCCUGUUUUCUCACCGUUGCCCUCAUAGCUUAUUUAUUAAUAGUUUGAUCCAUCUACAGGACAGAUCAAAAUGGAGGUUGGAAUUUGCCUUGACCACUUUUAAAAUGGCACCUUGUCUUUCGUUCUUUGAAAUGACUUCUUGGGAAUUGGCAUGUGCACCUGAGAUGAAUUCGUGUCCUAGACAAAUAACUCCUUGAGUUUACAUGUGAAUCGUUGGUGUGCUCGUCUAUUUUAUCA